CUCUUCCCCCGCCAUCAGUUGUCUAGUCAUUAUGGCGGAAUGUAAAAAGUCUAUCUCAUGUCCGUCUCCAACUUCAGUAAUGACCUCUCUAGCUAGAGCUUUGUCCCAUUCAAGGUUGAGUCAACCUGAUCAGUCUGUGUUCAAGUCGCAUACUUCUGUUUACCGGAGCAAUGUGGUACAGCCAGGCCGACGGAGGAGGUUGUCGAGCAGCAACAGUGUUGAGUCUCUGGAUGUGAGCCCCUGUGCUGAAGCGCGAGUCUUGGUCAUCAACACCGGAGGAACUAUCGGGAUGAUGUACCAUAAUAACGUGCUGUGCCCAGAGCCUAAUGUGUUUGUGAAGGCCCUGCGAAAGCUUCCCAACCUCCAUGAUAAGCAGUAUGCCCUGGGCGACAGCACGAGUGGCCCACAGGAGAACACCCUUGUCCUGCCGACGCCGACAGACCUCGCUGAUGAACUAUCAAAAAGGCUGUGCAAACAAAAUAAGAGGAUAGUGUACACUGUUUUAGAGUACAGCCCCUUGCUGGACUCUUGCAAUAUGACCACAGAUGACUGGGCUACAAUUGGGAAGGACAUUGAGAAACACUAUGAGAAGUAUGACGGUUUUGUCAUUCUCCACGGCACGGACACCAUGGCCUACACAGCAUCCGCUCUGUCCUUCAUGUGUGAGCAUUUGGGGAAACCUGUCAUCCUCACCGGCUCCCAGGUGCCGAUCUAUGAGAUGAGGAACGAUGGAAGAGACAACCUGUUGGGGGCACUGCUGAUCGCUGGUCAGUUUGUCAUUCCUGAGGUUUGUUUGUAUUUCCACCACAAGCUGUACCGGGGGAACCGUGUAACCAAGGUGGAUUCUGGGAGUUUCAAUGCCUUCAAUUCUCCUAACUUGGCUCCUCUGGCCAUUGCUGAAGUGGAUAUUAAAAUUAACUGGGACACGGUGUGGCGAGUGAACACAACCUCGCAGUUCAGAGUGAGCACUCAGAUGAACCGUAACGUGGGUCUGCUGAGACUCUUCCCAGGCAUCACUGCGAUGACCGUGAAGUCCUUCCUGCAGGCGCCCAUGGAGGGCAUUGUCCUGGAGACGUAUGGUAGUGGAAACGCCCCUGAUAACUGUGCUGACCUGCUUGAGGAGUUCCGAAAUGCCACAGAGAGGGGCGUGAUCAUGGUCAACUGCACCCAGUGUCUGAGGGGUUCUGUCACCACAUCGUACGCCACUGGAAAGGCCUUGAGUGACGCAGGACUGGUGGCAGGCUGUGACAUGACUCCUGAGGCUGCCCUGUGCAAGCUGUCCUACGUGCUGGCCAGGACGGACCUCAGCAUAGAGGCCAAAAGAAAGAUGCUGAGUCAGAACCUGCGGGGAGAGAUGAUCACUGACCUGCAGGGGGCCAAGCUCACUCUGAGUGACAGUCGCUUCAUCCAGGUCAUCGCCAAGUCCCUGAGCAUCAGCUGUAAGGAGGAGCUAGAAGCUGUCCGGGAUGCUCUGACACCCACCUUAGCUUGUGCCGCUUCUAAGAUAGGAGACUUGGAGGCCUUGGAUGCCAUAAAGGAGAUGGGCAGUAACUUAAGUCUGGGGGACUAUGAUGGACGUACCCCUCUGCACAUCGCUUCCUGUGAGGGCCACCUCAAUGUGGUGCAGUAUCUACUGAGCCAGGGCGCCACUGUCUACGCCAAAGAUCGCUAUGGGGACACACCCCUGCGCAAUGCUGUGCGCUUCAGACACAAAGAGGUGGUGAAGCUGCUGAGAAAGACUGGAGCUAAUUUCUCCAGGGAUGAGUUGGAGGAUGCCGGCUCAGAGCUGUGCAGUCUGGCAGCCAGUGCUGACAUCAAGGGCCUGGAGAUGUGGCACCUGGCCGGGGGAGACCUGGACACGCCAGGCUACGACGGGCAGACGCCGAUGGAGGUGGCUAAGGCUGUGGGGAAUGAAGUUGUGAUUGACUUCAUACACCAAGUCAGCCAGUCCCACGCCCAGCCUCUGUUUAAAGAUGAUGCUGAGAAUGAAGAAUACAUUGAGUUCUCAGCCUGUCCAAAAGAAUCCUGAGGACGAAGAUAGAUCCUCAAUUCUUUUACCUCUCCAUCCAUCCCCAUCACUCUCCCUCUCUCUUUCCAUUUCACUCUCUUCCACUGGACAUUUGCACAAGCUUGCAGAUUUUAUUUAGAUUCAUCCAAACCAUUUUACAAUUGAUAUGUUUGCGAUAAUCUCAUUUACUGUUGCUUAACUGUAGUUGUAAAAUCACUAGUAUUACAACAUUGGAUGUCAAGUAAUAUGGAUGCACUGUGCCUAGAAAGGGCAGCACUAUAUCUGUUUGCUUUGUAUGUACCACAGUAUAUGAUGCAUGUGGAGCAAUUCACUCGGUUUGCAUUAAGAGUAUUAUCAGUGAUCAUUGGAAGCACAGGGUAGAAUGCUGUACUUUAUGCUAGGCACUUGAUGGGUAGAAUGCUGUACUUUAUGCUAGGCACUUGAUGGGUAGAAUGCUGUACUUUAUGCUAGGCACUUGAUGGGUAGAAUGCGGUGCCUUUAGAUGUACUUUAUGAAAUGCUUAGUAUAGAGUGCAAUUUAUUCUAAACUGAAAUCCUUGUGAAAUCCUUCUAAACUGAAAUCAUGGUCUGAUGACACAAAAAUAGAACCGUUUGCCCAUAAUGACCAUCGUUAUGUUUGGAGGAAAAAGGGCGAUGCUUGCAAGCCGAAGAACACCAUCCCAACCGC